GCUUCUUGCGUGACGUAUAAUCUAGUGGACGGAACUGGAGGCUUCUUCAACAGCGACAACAGGCUUCUGAUUCAACCAACGUGGUGGUUUGCUAGCGAAUAUAAAACUGAAACGUUGACGCGUUUAAGACCAAACUUGUUUAUAUUACUCUUAGUGUUUUGAACAUACUUAUGUUUACCUUUCUACUAGCUAAUUUCAACGAAAUUAGCGAAUGUGUUAAAUUGAUACAGCAUUAGGCUAAUCCCCCGGAACAUGAGCUCACUAAGCAAGACGGAGAAAGUUGCUCUGGUGAAAUUAGAGAAAGAAGCUUUCAGAAUGAAAAAGGAAAAAGAUGCCAUAACAUUUAAAGAAGAGAAUGUAGUGAAAGAAGAGGAAGAGCAUUUUGGACUGAAAGAGGAAGAGAAGGCUAUCUCAGUAAAAGAGAAGGAAAACGUUUUGGGAGUGAAAAAGGAGGAGACUGAAGAUCCGAUUACCACCAGAGAGAGACAUGACUAUCGUGGAUCCUCUGUGGAGCCUCAACAACAUCCUGAUGCUGACGAGGCAGAGAAGAGUCUCUCCAGAUCAGAACACCAGAUGGACAACGCUAGCCGGCCCCCUUCCACCCUCCCAGAGUCCCCGUGUCGUGCCUCUCCCGGUAGCACCUUACUGCUGGGUAUGAAGAGGUUGUCUGUGCUGCUGGUGGACUGCAGGAAAUCAAUGGGGCUGAGUGGAACUGUGAGAGGAGGAGAAAUGAAAAGAUCAGAUUUGACUCAUCAAAAAGAUAAACCAAACUCUGAGGAAUCAGAGACGUCCGAACCAGCUAGACGACGCAACUGCUCCCAGAUUGGAAAGAGUUUUACCAAGUUAGGAAGCCUGAAAAGACAUGAGAGGACACACACUGGAGAUGGGGAAAGUGACACAGAGUUACUACAGGACGAAGACGAGUCAUUGAGCGAACAUAGCUUUGACUCCCAGACGGAAGAUAUGUUUUUACACGGGGAGGACAUCGUUUUGGACUGGAAGUCUGAUGAACAAUGGGAACCCACAAUGUCAAGGUGUCCAUCCCCCACUAAUUCAGACGCUGAAGCUGGUUCAUCCAGCUGGACCCCUGCUGUCUCCGGCUCCACACCUUCCCCCGCCCGGCCAUCUAGAGGUGUGAAGAGGCCAGUCCAGAAGCGGAGGAGGGCCAGUGCACAACCUGCAGACAAAGGGACCGAGGGGCGUUGGCACACUGUGCUAGACGUGGAUGUGGAACCAAGUGCACCAACAUUUAGACCGAAAAGGCAGCCAGGACCUCAGAUGGACAUGACUGCAAAGUACAGCCCCCUUCAUCUUUUCCAGAUGUUUUUCUCCUUGUCAGUUCUGGAUUCGCUGGUGUCUAACACCAACAAGUAUGGGGCUAAGAAACAAGCAGGCAAGAAAGAGGCAUGGAAGCCCAUUUCCAUCCAAGACCUAUACUGUUACAUCUCACUGGUUAUUUACAUGGGGCUUGUGAAGUUGAAAAACCUGAAGGACUACUGGAGAAGCUCAACACUCUACCAACUGCCUUUCCCCACCACUGUCAUGUCUUGUAAAAGGUUUCUGACUAUCUCACGGGCGCUUCAUAUCAGUGACCCACAAGUUGAUGAGGACAAUCACAAGAAGAGAGGCACAUCAAGCUUUGAUAGGCUCUGCAAAAUCAAACCUCUCUACCCCAGCAUGGUUGAGGCCUGCAAGACCCAUUUUCAGCCCUACCAGAACCUGUCCAUAGAUGAGAGGAUGGUAGCCUCAAAGGCUAGAAUUGGCCUCAAACAAUAUAUGUGUAACAAGCUGUGUGGGUAUAAACUCUUUGUUUUGGCCGAUUCUGUGUGUGCCUACACUUGGAAUUUUUUUGUUUAUGAGGGGGAAAGCAGUUUUGCUACCGGUAAGGGACUUGGUUAUGAUUCCGUUAUGGAGUUGUUGGAUUUUCAACUGCUUGGGACAGGCUACAAACUGUUUAUGGACAACUUCUACACAAGCCCUACCCUGUUCACAGACCUGAGGAAGCUGGAUGUGUGGGCUUGUGGCACAAUUCGUACCAACAGACAGGGCUUUCCAAAAACUAAAGUAAAUGACAUGCCUAAGAGGGCUGAUAGGGGUACCAUGCGAUGGAUUCGUAAGGAUGACCUGCUCUUUGUAAAGUGGAUGGAUACCAGAGAGGUGGUCAUGUGCACCACUAUCCACAAAUCGUACAGUGGCGAUCACGUCGUCAGGCGUGUGAAGGACACUAAUGGGGCACGGACCACUAAAAAUGUCCCCAUUCCAGCUGCUGUGAAGGACUACAACAAGAGCAUGGGAGGUGUGGACCUGUCAGACGCUCUGAUAGGCUACAACAGUGUUCUCCACAAGACAAUGAAAUGGUACAGGACAUUGUUCUAUCACUUCAUUGACAUCGCUGUGGUGAAUGCAUUCAUCCUUCAUAAGGAAAUGGCUAAGAGCUCUGGACAGACCUCCAUGACACAGCUAGCCUUCAGAGAGCUGCUCAUCCGGGAGCUUGCUGGCUACGGCACAAAGUCCACUGCAUCACAUUCUGUCCCUUCUACUCCUGUUGUUCACAUUCCCAAAUACCUAUCUGCAGGCAUGAAUGUGCCUAAGGGCAAAAAAGGCACAGUAGGGAGGCGUCAUUGUGUUCUGUGUCACAGGAAAGGCCCCAUCACCUGCACCACUUGUUCUGUUACCCUCUGCUUUACACCAGAAAGAGACUGCUAUGGGCCUUGGCAUCAGCAGCACGGUAUUGUGUAGGACUGAGGAUCUUCCAAAUACUGUCAUUCUAAAGUGUGUAAUUUGUAUUCUUUUUUUCAAAACAUUUUUUGCCUUUUCUUCCUUUUUUUUGAGAGAGGGUGUGUAGCAUUUUUGUAUGUUGUAUAUAGUUAUUUUCUUGAAAAUGUAUCACUUUACCAAUUUGGAAAUUUGGGUACAUUUGGACAACUUGUGUGGGACACCUGGGUGACUUCAUGCUAAAUGUCAUGUAGCUCCUGAAGUGAUCAGUCUAAAACUUUACACACACUGCUGCCACCUAGUGGCCAAAAUUUAAAUUGCAGCUGGUCUGGAAUAAUACAAUAUGGCCUUUCUCUUACAUUUCAAAGAUGAUGGUACAAAAAAAAUACCAAAGUUUUUUUUCUUUGUAUUAUGUUUUACCAGAUCUAAAGUGUUAUAUUCUCCAACAUUCCUUUCACAUUUCCAUAAACUUCAGUGUUUCCUUUGGUAUCAAGAAUAUGCAUAUCCUUGCUUCAGGUCGUGAGCUACACGCAGUUGGAUUUGGGUAUGUCAAUAAAGAUGAAAAUGGGGGGGGAAAUGGGUGGAUCCAACAUUCAUGAACCUUCACUAUCUUCAUUGCUAAACUA